AUGCACCUCCACCUGACCUCCAAUAAGAAAUCCUUCUUCAUCUUCCUCUCCAUCGGAACGAUCGCAUCCAUCGGAAUAUCCUGCGCAGCCGAGGAGUACAUCUUAAAAAGAAUAGAAGGGUUCCACCACUAUUGGUUUCUGGCGUUGUUUGAGCUCGUGGUGUUUAGUGUGAUGACGUUUGUUUGGAUGAUGAUUACGACGGAUAACGAGGGAAAUGGUGAUGUGAAAGACUUUGGGAGCAACACGAACGGUGUUGAAGAUGUUUUGAAAAGUACUGCUACUCCUACUAAGAAGAAGAAGAGCAGUUCUUUUAUGCAUCACGAGUAUUAUUCGAGGAUAGUGCCGCCGUUGAAAGCACCGAUACACUUAUACGUCGCCUCGGCAUCUUUGAUUGGGAUAUACACUUCCCUCGGGAAAGUCUCGUACAAAUACAUCAACUACGCCACGGGGACGGUGUUGAAAUCGAGCAAACUGAUACCGGUGAUUCUCCUCUCCUCGGUGUGGCUGAAACGAACGUACCACUGGUUGGACUAUUUAGCGUGCGUUUUGUUAGUGAUCGCGUCGUGUUUUUUCGCGUUAGGGGAACACGAAGGGAACAAACAGUUAGACGCGGAAGAUCCCACGUUGUACGCGUUUGGGUUUUUUCUGUCCUUCUUUUGCGUGUGCGUCGGCGCGGUGCAGUCGAACGUGGUGGAUAAGGCGUUGAGAGAUUACGAGGCGACGGUAUCGGAGAACAUGUUGAUGACGAAUUCGAUUGGAGCUUUGUUAGUGUUCGUGGUGGUUUUAGUCAAAGAACCGGACGCGUUUGCGUUUUUCUUUGGCGAUUGGUUUUAUUUAAGUUUGAUCGCGUUUCGAUCGAUCGUGUUUUGGCUCGGCGCGGUGUUUUACACGACGCUGGUGAAGCAUUUCGGCGCGGUACCAGCGGUGGCGAUUACCACGUGCAGGAAAGUUUUGACCGUUAUAUCCUCGUUCGUGUUCUUUUCCAGCGAUAAACCGUUUGGCGUGACGUAUUUUGUCGCUCUGGUGUUUUUCUCUGGCGCCGUGGCGUGCGAAUUUUUCAAGCAUAACACUAAGACGAAGAGUCAACAGUUGGAAAUGGCAAGGAAGGACUCGGACGUUGAGAAAGUAUCGGAUAGGAGUACUUAG